UAAAUUGUUCUUACACACUGCUCAGGGCUAAAGAAAUACUGCUAUUAAAUAAUUUUCGCUUCCUUGAAAAUUCUUGCUACUUUUGCCCUAACCACCAUUUUUCCUUCUAUCUUUCAGAUGUGAUUACUCAAGAUGUACUUCAAGUCAUUGGCCAUCCCCUCCCUAAUGGAGUGACUUUCACAGAGGGUCUGACUGGCGCUGCAUUCAAAUUUGAAGGAGACUCCAACGCAGGCCGGCAUGCUGAGAUCAUCCUGCCCACAGACUUCUCUGCCAACUUCCCUGAAUUCUCCAUCCUGAUGCUGCUGCGCCCCUACAGCGGUAGCAGGGGUACAGUCUUUGGUGUGACAGACCCCUACCACCAGACCAUCAUCCUCAGCGUGAACAUUACCAGCAUGUCUAUAGAGCAGAUGAGAAUAAGCCUCAUACUUACUAACAUAGACUAUACCAGUGAGUCGACAGAGGUAGCAGCCUUUCUCGUGCCUUCCUUCACAAACCAUUGGACGCAACUGGCGUUGAGUAUAAGGGACAACCAGGUUACCCUGUUUCUAGACUGUCAGGAACUUGGUAUGCAAUUUUUCGAUAAAAAUCAAGGAUGGCACAUCAGGAUACCACAGAUGGCUCCCCUUUUCAUUGGACAUCUAGGAACAGUGGGAGAACGGGUGCAAUAUCGGGGGGAUAUCCAACAGAUUAUUAUCACUAACAGUGCAGACUCGGCAGAAGAACAUUGCCCAAUCGGUGAAAUCUCGGGCAGCGGUUCCAUGGCACUCAGAGAAAGUGCUGGAGAGGAUUGGGCCUUCGUAUUUUCAGGAAGUGGGGAUGAACCAACAAGCAUGCCAGAGAUGCCAAUCACAUACUUCACCCAGUAUGACGCCGAGACUCCAUCAACUCCAGCAAAUAAUGUCCGGCUACCAGCCAGUGUACAGCCCCCUCUGGAGCAGGUGGCUACCAUCCUACCCAAGGCCCCACCCACCACGCCCACUUUGCAGGCCACGCCUUCCUCUCAACCAGCUGUAGUCGUUCCUCCUGGGGAUUCUAUGAAAGGACAGAAAGGAGAGGAGGGCUGGCCGGGAGUAAACGGUAUACAUGGCAACCCCGGCGUCCCAGGGCCACGUGGAGUAGGAGGUGAAACUGGACCCGAGGGGCCUGAGGGACCAAUGGGGCCCAAAGGGGAAAAAGGUGACUUAGGGGAUGCUGGCCCUGUAGGACCUCUAGGUGAGGAAGGGUUUCCGGGUGUGGCCGGUCCUCCUGGUGACCCAGGGGUCAAGGGUGAGGAAGGUGACCAAGGAAUGACCGGAGCAACAGGAGCAAAGGGAGAGCCUGGAGUAGGUGUCCCAGGUCUACCUGGUGUUGCGCCGACCCUCAGCUCUGAAUAUAUGAUGCGUCUGGGAGGUGAAAAGGGUGACCCUGGAAGGGAUGGUUACCCAGGUGUACCGGGUGUUCAAGGACCAAUGGGAAUCCCAGGAGUUGAUGGUAUAGGAGUGCCAGGUCCAAAAGGAGAUAAGGGUGAAGUAGGACUAGGCUUGCCUGGCUCUCAAGGUAAACCUGGUAAAGAAGGACCAAAGGGAGAGACUGGGCAAAGAGGACUGCCAGGUCCCUCAUCUCUUGAAAGUUUUAUUGAGGGAUCUGGACUGGAGAUGUUUGUUGGGCCUCCUGGUCAACCUGGUUCUCCUGGACGUCCUGGAGUGAUGGGACCGCACGGACCCCGAGGUGAAUCUGGUCUGGAUGGGAUUCCUGGUCUGGAUGGUGUUCCAGGACAACCUGGUCCUGCAGGCCGAGAUGGAGAACCUGGUCCCAAGGGAGAACCGGGAGCUCUGACGGAAGAGGAGAUCCUAGAUGAGAUCGCUAACCUAACUGCCGAGUUUGAGAUGGAGGGGUUGUCUGGAAUGGAUGGGUUUAAUGGAUCCAGAGGCCCUCCUGGUGUACCGGGUGCUGUUGGUCCUAAAGGAGAUUCUGGUAUGGAUGGAAAUCCUGGAAUGAAAGGUGAAAGGGGAUCAUCUGGUCUCCCUGGUCUUGAAGGACCUGAGGGAAUGAAGGGCGGCCCGGGUCAGAAUGGCAUACCAGGUGUACCAGGCAUUGCUGGAAUACCAGGGGAAUCUGGUCAGAAUGGAGCCAGGGGUGCACCGGGCCCAGCUGGUCCCCCAGGGCCACCAGGACCCUCACCCCUCCUACCACCGGGCUUCCCAUGGACCAAUAUGGCCCUGAAUCAAGACCAGGAAGGAAGUGCUGAUGGAAGCGGGGUAUGGAGUGGAACUGUUCCACCUUACUUGAUGGGAUCUCCUGGUGUACAAGGCCCACCUGGACCAGAGGGUAUGCAAGGAGAACCAGGACUGGUCGGAGAACCAGGAAUCCCAGGAGAGCCAGCAAUCCCAGGGAUGCCUGGUCUAACAGGAGAGAGGGGAGAGAGGGGGUUGCCUGGACCUAGGGGAAUGGAGGGAGAGACUGGUAUGGAUGGAGCUGCUGGACAAAAGGGUGACACUGGCGAUCCUGGAGUUCCCGGACAGCCGGGAGCAGAUGGUUUUCCCGGACCACGUGGUGUAGGGGUCCAGGGUCCACCUGGAGACCGUGGUCUCCCUGGACCAAGAGGGAUCCAAGGACUCAAGGGAGAUGUAGGAGAACAAGGACCUGCGUGUGAAAUCCCACCAGAAAUCCUUGCCUUGUCUGAGCACUUUGCUGGAGUGGGUUCAGGAGACAUAGGAGGAGGCAUGAUGACCAGGGCACCGCAGGAAUUAACUAGUACAAAGGGAGAGAAGGGUGAUAUAGGUUUUGAUGGAGUACCUGGCAUGGAUGGUCAGCAAGGAGCUAAAGGCUAUCCUGGGCCUAGAGGACCUGGCGGUGUAGUAGGACCUAAAGGAAAUAAUGGUACCCAAGGAGAGAAAGGAGACGUAGGGGCCGUUGGUUAUGCAGGACCAAGAGGAGUUAAAGGAGACAAGGGUGAUAUGUUCUUACCUACAGAGGAGGAGAUGCUGAUGUUGAAGGGUGACGGUGGAGAUACAGGAAGGAGAGGAAAGAAAGGACUUAAAGGCCAGUUUGGUAUCCCAGGAAGACCUGGUCGCGUGGGAAAAACAGGUCCAGAGGGACAGACUGGACCAGAGGGGCCCGUGGGACCACAAGGUCCACCAGGUCCAUCUGGUGGUGGAGAGGGUACCUGUGAGUGUGAUCCUGCAGCCUUCCCUCCUGCAUUCUUCCCACCCGGAGAGAAAGGAUCCAUGGGUGCUCCUGGUUCUCCUGGUCCCAUGGGUCCUGAUGGUGUGCCUGGAGCUCCAGGUCUACCUGGCGUGCAAGGUCUAAGAGGACUACAAGGUUAUGCAGGAGAACCUGGUAUUGAGGGACUGGAAGGAAGACCGGGUGCACAAGGAGUACCAGGAGUGCCUGGAAUAGAUGGAGCGAGGGGAGAAAAGGGUGAUCCAGGAGAUUUCUUUGUGAAUGACGAGGUGUUUAUUGGACCACCAGGGGAACAAGGUCUUCCAGGCAGAGAUGGUCAACCAGGACAGAGCAUCAAAGGAGACACCGGUGAACCAGGUCACGGCGCUGAAGGCAUGCCUGGUAGAGAUGGGCGUGAUGGUUCCCAAGGUCCCCCCGGCCCCCCAGGAAUGCCCGGUCAUCCAGGCGAACCAGCGUACUACACUGGAGAUGGAAAUGGUGAAAGGGGACCGAAGGGUGAGCCUGGUGAGCCGGGCAGGGAGGGCCAAUCAGGUGCCCCAGGGUUCGAUGGAAGACCAGGAUCUAGGGGCCCACGUGGACCACAAGGACCCACUGGCUAUGGAGAACAAGGCCCACCAGGGGAGCCUGGAACUCCGGGUGAGCCUGGGAGAGGAAGCAUUGGGCAUUUAGGAGGUGGAGAUUAUGUAGGGAUGGCCAGGUUUGCCACCAUCCAGGACAUGCUAGAUGGCAUGAGAGACCUGGAGGUGGGCACUCUGGCCUUCAUCAUACGGGUCCAGGAACUCUACAUCAGGGUGGAGACUGGCAUGCAACAAGUACUGCUGGGAGCUACCUUUACCUUACCACCUACCUCCGAACCACGCCCACAACCACGCCCUCAACCACGCCCACAACCAUCCAUUACAUCGAGAACUACUACUACUACAUUAAUACCUACCACCACUCUUGCACCAUUUGUGGAUCCAACCGAGCCUCCUCAGAUCCCAGGUCCAGGACUAACAGAUAGAACAGAGGAGCCUAUCCUUCCAGGACCAGAAAUACCUGUAUCAGACCAACCUAUGCUCUACAUGUAUGCCCUAAAUACACCCCAAGAGGGAUACAUGAUUGGCGGAAUCAGCGGUGCCGACUUCAAGUGCUGGAAACAAGCGAAGGCAGCAGGACUCAAAGGAACGUAUCGAGCCUUCCUCUCAUCCCCUCUGCAAGAUAUCAGGACUAUAGUGAGGAAACAGGACAAAGGAUUACCCAUCGCUAACGGAAAGCAAGAAGUUUUGUUCAAUUCUUGGGAUGACAUCUUUAGCACGGAGAACGAAGCUCCAUUCCAUGACUCCUUCCACAUAUACUCCUUCGAUGGUAAAGAUGUUAUGACCGAUGAAACAUGGCCUGAUAAGUACAUGUGGCAUGGGUCCUACGCCAACGGUGAGCGAAUGGCCGAGAGUUUCUGUGAAGCCUGGAGAGCACAAAAUCAUUUUGCUCGCGGUCAAGCUAGUCCUUUAUCUGAUCAUAAAUUAUUAGGACAAGAUGAGUUCCCUUGUAACAACGCCUUUGCUGUUCUAUGUGUGCAGACGGCUCGACCUAAUGCCAGGAAGUAAAAUAAAUACCAUCAUCUUUCCGUAUAGAGUUCUAUCUUACCUUUGAAUCUUUUGAUUUAGAUUAAAUUCCUCAUAGUGAAUUUAUAAUUAAUGAUGUAUUCAAAAGAUAUGUGAUGGAGAUAUUUGCAGUUUAAUACAACUGACUUGCAUCCUGCACUCAUCCUUUGUUGUUUAGUCAAAUCAGGUUUGAUUUAUAAAUAUUGAGGUAUCUGUUUAGCAAAGUACUUGUUCACAAUUGAGAGCAGAACAUUGCAAAUUAAAAAUGCAUCGAGAUGAACCCUCAUGCACACCCAAGAAAAUCAUUUCAAUAAUGCUGAUGUUGAAAUGGCAUUAACUCUUUAACAAUUUGUUGGUGUUUCCUAAUAGUCUAUGAAAAAGGCCAUUUUUGAAAAUGCCAGGAAGGGUACUGAUGAACCUAUAAUGAUGACAAACUAGGAAGAUUUUUAGUGUGAAAUAAUGUAUAUUUCUUGGAGUUUAGCUCACACUUGAUUUGCUGUACUGGACAAGUACUUCCUAGAGUAAAAAGUGUAAAUAAUUAUUUAUGUCAUUUCAAAAUAUUUUAUGAUAAUGAUAACAUUUUGUUGAAAUUAGGACAAAUAGUGAUAUUUGAGGAAAAUCAUCACAGAAACUGAUGAUUGAAAAAUCCUUCCAAUUAUGGGCCUUUGAAAUUGUCUUCCAUACCAGUAUGUAGUUUUAUAUGUGAUAUGUAGAUGGAUGAAUCUAUCAAAGAUUGCAAUGUCAGUUUUGGAGUUGUAAAUUUGAUGUAAAUCCAACUCUCAAAUUGACAGAUUCAUAGAACUAUUCCUGUCUUCCCAGAUGUAAAAGAAGAGAAAUUCUUAGUUGAUAAGAAAAGAUAGAGACACAAGGAGAGACUGAAGUAUUAAAUUGAGGGUGGUGUGAAAAUGGAAGUGGAAGAAAUAUGUUUUCUAGUGUGUGUAGAAGGAAUUUUCUAGGUUUAUAUACUUCAAGCAGCUCAACCAAAAACAAUUUAACAGGUAUGUUAACUGAUCACAUUGAACGGGUGUUAUCCUUGUUCUCUCCAUUUUUCAGAUCAAUCUCUGGAUAAGAUAUGGAAUUAGUUAUGGAAUUGCAUUUCAAAAGAAAGUUGCUUUAAUUGAUUCUGUAUAAAUUGUUAAUUUAGAAUUUUAAAAAAGUAAUGAAAACUUGCUGGACAUCACGUUCAUCCUACUUCAGUUUGAAUAAUGUAAUUACUUUUCUAAAGAAGUUAAUUUAUUGAUUCUGAAUUAUCAAUGGUCAUAUUACCAGAAUUUUAAAUUAUCUUUAACUGAACAAAAAUUGUAUAGAUGAGUGAUGAAGACUUGCUUUUUUUGUUUAACCGUGGAGGUUCUUAUAGAUUUUAGAAGUUGGAUCCAGAUUACUCAUAACAUACUAUUAAAAAGGGGAACAAGAAAUGGAAUAAGAAAUUUGACUCAUCUAUGACAUUGUCUUUCUGAGUGACAUUUUGUUCAAAAUGUCACUAACUACAAACAGUUUUGUAUUUAUCUUGUGAUUACCAAUUGAAGAUAUGAAUAGCAUCUGUGGUAUUUUUGUACAGAAUAGGUAGGCAUUAUUUUUCUUGUACAUGUACUAGAAUUUUUUACUCAGUGAAAAGUAGGACAUGGAUCAAUACUGCAUUUGCUAAAAAUUUGCAAAAGUUUUAACAUUUUUACUUGAUAGAAAGGAUCAUGUCAAAGCGAUUUAUUGUAUGUAUUUAUUUUAGCAGGUUUGAUAAAUCUUAGCUUGAAGCUUUGUAUACUUACUAUGUCUGCUAGCUAUGCCACACAUUAUGUAGGAUUCAUGAUGAAAAUUGCUUUUUUUUAAUCUGCAGAUCUCAAUUUACCUCAGUAUGGGAUGCUGACACAUAUUGCGCAAAUUUGACUAAUUUUGGUGCUAAUUUCAGAUUGCAAAGAGAAAGAAAAAAUGCGUAGCUUGAAAAGAGCUGUAUAGUCUGUGGAAAGUAGAUAUUACUGCCUUUUUAGGAUUGUCCUUGUAAAUAUCAUGAGUAUUUUACCCCCUUUCCCCUUAUUUGAUUGUCAGUUUGCUAUUGUGUAGAUAUCUGGAUAUGAAAUGUUUCUGUAGGUAAAUUAAGACGCAUUAUCAAAAGUCAAACCUAAUCUGGUGCUAUAUUUAUAUUGAUAAUACAAAUAUUUGUGCUCACAUUUUUUACUCUUAGCUUUUCUCAUAUUUUUCUUUUCUUUUUCAAAUUGUACACCAUUGCUUUUUAUGAAGUAGUUGUAACGUAAGUAUUGCUGCAGACUCAAUUGCCCGCUUGCCACUCUGGGGCAACCAAAAACUCAAGCCUAUCCAGUCGGGCAACUAAAGGAAUUAUAAUCUUUCAAUGUUUGUGUUUAUGGGACAAGUGAACUCGUUGGUUAAGCAGGUGAACGAAAAUAUAAUACAAAUAUUGUUGCUCACUGAAAAAUGUGACUUAAUUCACCAUCGAGAUGUUUAAGGAGUCAUGUACAUUUCAUAUGUUGUGUAAUUUCAGAAUAAUCUCAGGCACAAAAAUGCUGCAUUUAAAGCUAACACAAACAUAGAUCGCAACCUCAGAUCGAUGACUUUGCAAUGCUGACUCUCCCAGGAAAACUGACUCUACUGCCUUUUCAUUUUUAUUUUAAAGCUCAUUUAAACACUGCAUUCAUAGAAAAGAGCCUGUAGUGUAUCUAUUUGGCACAGAAGCCUUGCCAAUGCCUUAAAUCAUUGUAGCAUAGGACUUAUACAAUGUUGUUUAUAUGUUUGUAGCAUGAAUCCUGAGAAGUUGUUGGUAGAAUUAAUUUUUGCUGCACGCGUGGGGGCUUAAAAGUGAGAACUGAACUUUUGUUGGAUAGAUGAGCUGAUGAUACUGUGAAAGUACUUUUAAAGAUGAUGCUCAAAUGACACAUCUGUUUAGUGAUAUUGUCAGGGACACUUAUACUUUCAAACCUAAAUACAAAUAGUAUACAGAUAUUGACUGGUAGAGUGUGUAAUAUAACAUUUUUUGACUGCCAAAAGACUUGUAUUUUCCCAGGGGGUAUACUUUUACUCGGGAAAAGUUGCUCCCUUGCUGUCCAGAAAAUGUUAUAUUACAACGCCCUACCGGUCAAUAUCUGUUAUAUAGAUAGCCUUAUAUCCUUCUUGAGCCUUCCAUGUCAAAUGUGCUUGGCUUAGACAAUGCAAACAAUUGGUACAUGUGACUUGCACGCAUGGUUGCUUGGAUCAGAAAAAAUGACCGUGCAAGAAAUAUGCUCAUUACGACCCUCACAGUCAAUGUCACCUGAUGAGCUGUGGACUAAUAACUACUUUGUAAUCUGUUACCGGUAAUUUAAUUUUAAUUUUCUUUCUCUUUUCCCUUUUUUUUUAAUUGAAUGUGUUUUAGAGAUUUUAACAAAUGACACAUUGCCUCAUCUCGCUUUUAAAAUGUUAGAUGUUAAGUUUUUAGUUUAUAUUAUUUUGAAGUAUUUUGUACAAAUAUUGCUUGCCAGGUGCCUAGGCUAUUCUACGUUUGUUUUCAUACAACUCAUUCAUUAGUGCCGUUUAUGUUUUGAUAAAAUUAUUUUUUAUUUGUUCUGUUCAUAUCUUAUUUAUGAAACAUUUAGAAAUUUUGUAGAUAUUUGUUUUAUCAGUAAUAUCAAGUUUUCAUUUGUUGCAGAUUUUAAUGGUGUUUGACAAUUCUUUUGUGUAUCAAUUUCCUGUUUAGUUAACUAAAAAGCCAAGAAGAUGCUUCUAAGUACAUGUUACAUUUUGGUCUAGAUAGUCUUUAUCCUUUUCAAAACAAAAAUGAGAGAAUACAGCAACAUAUUUUGUACCCAUAAGACGACUUCUCGUUUGAAUGUCAUAAAAAGUAGCAUGUAAUGAUUGGAAAAUCUACGUACAAUUUGAAUGUUUGAAUAUGAUCAUGUAUUUAAUUGUUUUGGGUCUUAUAUUUAAGUUAUUAAAAAUCACUAAACUCCAAAGUUCAUCAUUUGUCUCGGAAGCUUGUACUUUCAUUUUGUAUGCCAUUUGAUACAGUCCAAAUGAAGUCAGACUUAUGGAUUCUGAUUACAAAUGUUUGUGAUCGAAACCUAUGCAAUAAAAACUUAUGUUUACAAAGGAAA